AUGCUACAGCUUCCCGGAGCCACAGGUGGACACCAAAGACGGAUGGGCAGCCCUGAAAAAGGCACAGCUUCUCACCAGAAGUGCUGGUUCUACCUGAACACCUCAUACAACCUUGAAAGAGAGGUCACGGCCAAGACUGCCUUCCUAUUUAUUUUACCUCAGUAUAACAUUAGUAUGCCCUCAUCAGAAAGCGAAACUGUUCAGUAUCACUAUGGGCUGAAGGAUCUGGUCACAAUCUUAUUUUACAUCUUCAUCACCAUCAUCCUGCAUGCCGUGGUACAGGAGUACAUCUUGGAUAAAAUCAGCAGACGACUUCAUCUCUCCAAGGUCAAACACAGCAAGUUCAAUGAAUCUGGACAGCUGGUAGCCUUUCAUCUCAGCUCCUUGGUCUGGUGCUUGUAUGUUGUUGUGACGGAAGGGUACUUAACAAAUCCAAGAAGCCUCUGGGAAAACUACCCUCAUGUGUAUCUCCCUUUCCAGGUGAAGUUUUUCUACCUUUGUCAGCUGGCGUACUGGCUACAUGCCCUUCCGGAGCUGUACUUCCAGAAGGUGCGGAAGGAGGAGAUUCCACGUCAGCUGCAGUAUAUCUGUCUGUACUUGGUUCACAUAGCUGGAGCAUACCUCUUAAACCUGACCCGCCUGGGCCUGAUCCUGCUGCUGCUGCAGUACGUGGCUGAGUUUCUCUUCCACAUGGCACGGCUCUUCUACUUUGCAGAUGAGAACAAUGAGAAGCUGUUUAAUGCCUGGGCAGUGGUGUUUGUGGUCACCCGCCUCUUCACCCUCACCCUCGCUGUAUUGGCCAUUGGUUUUGGACUGGCUCGUAUGGAAAAUCAAACUUUUGAGCCGGAGAAAGGCAAUUUCAAUACCUUGCUCUUCAGGCUGUGCGUGCUGCUGUUGGUGUGUGCUUCCCAGGCCUGGAUGAUGUGGCGCUUCAUCCAUUCCCAGCUGCGCCGCUGGCGGGAGUACUGGAACGAGCAGAGCGCCAAGAAGAGAGUGAUGGUUGCCCCCAGACUGCCCGCCAAGCUCAUCAAGAGGGAAUCUGGUUACCACGAAAAUGGAGUACUGAAAGCAGAGAAUGGGAUGUCCCCACGCACUAGGAAGUUGAAGGCUCCUUAAAGCCAGGAUGUGGAGAACAGGAAUCCUUCCUAGUGGGGUGUGCAGUAUGGAGGCCAUGGGCCCAGGACUAAGUUACUGCCCCUAUUUUUCUGCUUGCUACACUCCCAUCUUGAAAGCUGAAACAUGUCUUUGGAAAGUCUCUUCUCUCUCUCUCUCUCUCCUCUCUCUCUCUCUCUCUCUCUUCUCUCUCUCUCUCUCUCUCUCAUCUCUUG